AUGAGGAGAAAUGCAUGUGGCUCAGGCAUGACCUGUUUUAAACUUGAUCAUCUAAUACUGACAUUAACAGUUAUCCUCAAAACGUUUCAGUCCGUUGAUGGGCAUGGUCGAUGUGCCGUUAUCAAUCACGAUGACCUGGACACAAACAGGUACUACAAGUCCUUUAUGCACUUAGAGACCAUUGGAGUGCUGCAGUGCAUCAAAGUAUGCAAAAGAUACAAAUUGUGUGAGAAAAUUCACCAUAACAGGGAACAGUUAUCAUGUGACCUCAUGAUGAAGAUUGCGGUAAAGGGAAGCAUGACGUCACUUCAGGAUAUACCAUCGAUACAGAUGGAAAGCGCUGACUGUUCACACCCAGAGUGUUCGGAAACUCAAGUGUGCGUCGGCACCAAAGAUGGCAGACAUAUUUGUAUUGAUCAAGAUGUAUGCCCUGAUGACUCCUGGACUGCUUACAACCGGAAGUGUUAUCUUUGUCUUAGAGAUAAAAAGAGCAGAGACGCAAGCAUGACAGCUUGUAGAAAGAUAAAUGCCACACUUGUGAGAAUAGACGAUGACGGAGCGAAUUAUUUCCUCACAAAUUAUACGCAACAACUUGAAAUAACUAAGUUUUGGCUGGCGGCAAACGACAGGGAUGAGGAGGGCAAAUGGAUGUGGGGUCCAGGGGAUGAAGUGCUUAAUGCAGACUGGAGAUCAGGUGAACCUUCAAACAACUUGGGUGAGAAUUGUGCCGUGAAAUCUACAACAUCUGAAAAAUUAAGCUGGAUUGACGUCAGUUGUAAUGACUACGCACAUGCCGUGUGUGAAGUUCAUUACAAAAUUUUGCCGUAA